CCGGCCCGGCCCGGCCCCGUCCCCUCACGUCGGGCCGCGCCGCGAAGACGCGGGAAGGAGGAGGAGGAGGAGGAGGAGGAGGCGGCUGCCCGAUUUGUUUGUAAAUGCAUCAUAAACAGACAGCCCAGAAUGAAGAAAGCAAGCAGGAGUGUUGGCUCAGUGCCCAAAGUGCCUGGAGUAAAUAAGACUCAAACAACUGAAAAAACCAAACCGGAGAGCGGCUCCUCACUGUCUGCAGUAACAAAACUCUCCAAACCCGGGACGUCAGCAUCCCUUUUGAAGACUAAGAGCAAUGAUGACCUCUUAGCAGGGAUGGCCAGUGGUGGUGGAGUGACAAUGACCAACGGUGUCAAGGCAAAGAAGAGCACGUGUGCAUCAACAGUGUCUUCAGCUACAGGGGCAACCAUGAACACUCUGGAAAAUAAACCUAAAACUGUUGCAGGUUCCACAGCUAAGCGUAGCACUUCAUCUGGAACUAAAGAAUCAAGCUCUUCUAGGGAGAGAAUACGUGAUCGUUCCCGCUUAAGCCAGAGUAAAAAGCUGCCUCUGGCUGGACAGGGCAGCAAUGACACAGUACUGGCAAAACGUUCCCGCAGUCGCACCAAUCCAGAAUCGGAUAUUCGGAUGAGCAAGUCCAAAUCAGACAAUCAGAUCAGUGACAAAGCUGCAUUGGAAGCAAAGGUGAAUGAUCUUCUGACAUUAGCAAAAACUAAAGAUGUGGAAAUCUUGCAUCUGAGAAAUGAACUAAGGGACAUGCGUGCUCAGUUGGGACUUAAUGAAGACCAAGUUGAAGGUGAUGAAAAAUCUGAAGAAAAAGAAGCCAUUGUUGUCCAUCAGCCAACUGAUGUAGAGUCUACAUUGCUACAGUUACAGGAACAAAACACUGCCAUCCGAGAAGAGCUCAACCAGCUGAAGAAUGAGAACCGAAUGUUAAAAGACAGACUAAAUGCAUUAGGCUUCUCUUUGGAACAAAGGCUGGACAACUCUGAGAAACUCUUUGGCUAUCAGUCUUUGAGUCCGGAGAUUACAGCUGGCAACCACAGUGAUGGCGGUGGUACUCUGACAUCUUCUGUGGAAGGUUCUGCUCCUGGAUCGAUGGAAGAUUUGCUAAGUCAGGAUGAACACACUUUGAUGGACAACCAGCAUAGUAACUCCAUGGAUAAUUUAGAUAGCGAGUGCAGUGAAGUUUAUCAGCCACUGACAUCGAGUGAUGAUGCUUUAGAUGCUCCGUCAUCUUCAGAGUCUGAAGGCGUACCAAGUAUAGAAAGAUCUAGAAAAGGAAGCAGUGGCAACGCGAGCGAAGUGUCCGUAGCUUGUCUGACAGAACGGAUACAUCAGAUGGAAGAGAACCAGCACAGCACAGCAGAAGAGCUCCAGGCCACGCUUCAAGAGCUUGCAGAUCUGCAGCAAAUAACGCAGGAGCUAAACAGCGAGAACGAAAGACUUGGAGAGGAAAAAGUAAUCCUGAUGGAAUCUUUGUGCCAGCAAAGUGAUAAGUUGGAACAUUUCAGCCGUCAGAUAGAGUAUUUUCGGUCUCUUUUAGAUGAACACCAUAUUUCCUAUGUAAUUGAUGAAGAUAUGAAAAGUGGUCGCUACAUGGAGUUGGAGCAGCGUUACAUGGACCUUGCAGAGAACGCCCGGUUUGAGCGGGAGCAGCUGUUAGGUGUUCAGCAGCACUUGAGCAACACUUUGAAGAUGGCAGAACAAGACAAUAAGGAGGCCCAAGAAAUGAUAGGGGCAUUGAAAGAACGCAAUCACCACAUGGAACGGAUCAUUGAGUCAGAACAGAAAAGCAAAACGGCAAUAGCAUCGACCUUAGAGGAGUACAAAGCCACGGUAGCAAGCGACCAGAUAGAGAUGAACAGGCUGAAAGCUCAGUUAGAGCACGAGAAGCAGAAGGUGGCUGAGUUGUAUUCGAUACACAACUCUGGAGACAAAUCAGAUAUACAAGAUUUGCUAGAGAGUGUCAGGCUGGAUAAAGAAAAAGCAGAGACACUGGCCAGCAGUCUGCAGGAGGAGCUGGCGCACACUCGCAAUGAUGCCAAUCGAUUGCAAGAUGCCAUUGCUAAGGUUGAAGAUGAAUACAGAGUAUUCCAAGAAGAAGCCAAGAAACAAAUAGAGGAUCUUAAUGUGACUCUAGAAAAACUUCGGGCAGAGCUAGAUGAGAAAGAAACUGAGAGAAGUGACAUGAAAGAAACUAUCUUUGAGUUGGAGGAUGAAGUAGAGCAGCAUCGUGCUGUGAAGCUUCAUGACAAUCUCAUCAUAUCUGAUUUGGAGAAUACAGUUAAAAAACUUCAGGACCAAAAGCAUGACAUGGAAAGAGAGAUCAAAAAUCUUCACAGGAGACUCCGGGAGGAGUCAGCAGAAUGGCGUCAGUUCCAAGCUGAUCUCCAGACUGCAGUGGUUAUAGCAAAUGAUAUAAAGUCUGAGGCCCAGGAAGAGAUAGGAGACCUAAAGCGAAGAUUACAUGAAGCUCAGGAAAAAAAUGAGAAGCUCACUAAAGAGUUGGAGGAAAUCAAGUCACGCAAGCAGGAAGAGGAACGCGGGCGAGUGUACAAUUACAUGAAUGCUGUAGAGAGAGAUUUGGCAGCUCUGAGACAGGGAAUGGGCCUGAGCCGCAGAUCAUCCACUUCCUCAGAGCCAACUCCAACUGUCAAAACACUCAUCAAGUCCUUUGACAGUGCCUCCCAAGUUCCAAGCCCUGCUGCUGCCACCAUUCCUCGCACUCCUCUGAGCCCGAGUCCCAUGAAGACACCCCCAGCUGCUGCUGUAUCCCCUAUGCAGAGGCAUUCUAUAAGUGGACCAAUCUCUGCUUCUAAACCCCUUGCUACACUGACAGACAAAAGACCAAGCUAUGCUGAAAUCCCUGUUCAAGAACAUUUGUUGAGAACGUCUUCUACCAGCAGACCAGCAUCUUUGCCAAGAGUUCCUGCAAUGGAAAGUGCCAAAUCUAUUUCGGUGUCUCGAAGAAGUAGUGAAGAAAUCAAGCGGGAUAUCAGCGCGCCCGAUGGAGCAUCUCCAGCAUCUCUCAUGGCAAUGGGUACCACCUCACCACAGCUGUCCCUCUCAUCCUCCCCUACAGCAUCAGUCACCCCUACAACCAGAAGUCGAAUAAGGGAAGAAAGGAAAGAUCCUUUGUCUGCCCUUGCAAGAGAAUAUGGAGGAUCGAAGAGAAAUGCCUUGCUGAAAUGGUGCCAGAAAAAAACAGAAGGCUAUCAGAAUAUUGACAUAACGAACUUCAGCAGCAGCUGGAAUGAUGGCUUGGCUUUCUGUGCAGUCCUCCAUACUUACCUCCCAGCUCAUAUUCCUUAUCAAGAGCUAAACAGCCAGGACAAGAGGAGAAACUUCACUUUGGCUUUUCAGGCAGCUGAAAGUGUUGGCAUCAAAUCCACUCUGGACAUCAAUGAAAUGGUGCGAACUGAACGUCCAGACUGGCAGAAUGUCAUGCUGUAUGUUACAGCAAUUUACAAAUACUUUGAAACCUGAAACCCUAAUAAUUCAACAGAUUCAUGAAGUAGAAUCUACAUUAGCUACCAGAUGGAAAUCUUGCUGAAAUGCUAAUCCCCAUUUCACUGAAAACUGGCAUCAAAUGAGUCCCUUCAAACUUCGGUGACCCUAUCCUGGAUUGCUUCAGAUUGCUUCAGCUACUAAGCCUGCAAUCAACUGUUAAAAAGCAAAAACUUGUUGCCACUGCUUGGAAUAACCCAAGUAAUUAAGCUAUUCAGAUUAAUUAUGUAGCCUAAAGAGCCUGGACUGCUUAUCUACCACCUUGCCAGCCAGACUUCCUGAAGCUUUCUUACCUAAGAGAGUGAGAUGAAUGGAUCCUCUAGCAUAUGGGAGACUGAAUGUACAGCUAAUGCUUUGAGAAGGAAAAGGAUAACAUGGCAUCAUAUUACUGAACUUUCUGUAGUGUCCUGAUACCACAGUCUAAAUAUUCCACCCACAGCCUAUGGUACCCCAAUACAGUAGAGUUCCUGAUGGUAAUUUAGUUACUGCCUUUAUAGCUAUUUUCACUCCUUUAAAAUGUGCACAAUAUUCUAGGAAAACAAGCUUUUAUUUCAUCACAACAGCUUGAGUGCAAAAGUGGUCUUGAUACCUCGGAGAAUUUGGCACAGAAGAACUCUUCCUUCUAAAGUUUCAUUAUAAGCCUACCUCUGUCACAGUGUUGUGGCUUCCAACUUUAUCUUAUGGAUUGUAAAGACUAGCACAUACAGCUCCUGGUUUUCAGGGUAUGCUGUACUGAAAGGAAUCUGUCAGUAGCUCCCUGUGCUUCCAUUAUAACAGAAAUGAAUCAAUAAUCAACCCUUGUACGGCUUGUUCUUUCUCCUUUUCUUCCUAUGCCUGUAUAGCAUGCACAGCUACCCCAGGCUUUACUUUACAGCAAUACAAGGAAACGUCAUGGAUGUCUGUGGUAGCGUUUUGGAACUGGGACAGCAUUUCCUCUGCAGAGAAGAUACUUUCAGUAAGAUGUAAUAAUGAAGAUAUUUGUCUAAAAAUCUACCUUUGCAGUUUCCUGUGUGUCUUUCAUUGGUGUUGCACAUCCUCAUCUGAGUGACAGAAGGUGAGAUGUUCUCUGACAAGAGUGGAGGAACUAAUGCAAUGUGUGUAUACCCAGCAGACUCAAAUAUUGCAUGGAAAAGACUUGCUCUCACAAGGAAUUAACCGAGAAACUUUGGUUUGCUCAGCUUUUGUUUUCCUAAAAUGCACCUGAAUUCAUGUAACAGCUCUUGGGCAAAAGAGUUCAAGUAAGUGCCUUAGCUAUCAUUGAUUGAUACAUCCUGGCACUUCAGGGCUUUGUGCAGAAUGUUAAUGGCUCAGAAUGAUUUAAUCCAUCCAUUUGUUAUAAGCUGUUAAAAUGUUUGUUGUAAUCUGGUUUGUCAAAUCAAGGGAAUACUUCACUCUGCCAUUGCUUCUGCCUCUUAUUUUUCAGAAUGUUUUCUAGCAGUUAAGCCACAGUUGAACAUCUCUCAUUAAUAUUAAGCAGAAGCCUACUUUAGAAGUGAGUUCUGUAACAACUGCUAUUUAUAAGCACAUGCUCUUUCAACACAGUAACCCUGUUAUAAAGAAAACGAAUCUUCUAUUCCUAUGGUGCUCUUACGACUGUUAAGGACUGUUUGAAUGUCAUGGAUGUUAACCCAGUGAAUGCAACUCCACUUGGCAUCUGUGAAACUUCAUCAUGGUACAAAAGCACAGAUUUAACUCAGACUUAUUGCCAAAUCUAAAAAGCUCUCAUCUGAAGAACAUAGCCCAUGUGAGGAGUAAUAAUUCAGUAUGUUUCCAGCAGCUAGCAUUAUAGAAAAUUACUACUUAAAAUGCUUACAAUGACACGUCUGUAAUAGAAUACGUUAUAAAUGUGCCUGUAAGAGUAUAUGAAAUGUUGCAAAACAACUUCUUAGAGGGGCUUUGGAGAAGUUUUCAAAGCAGCAGUGUCUCGUGCAUCCUUAUAAUUCUUUAGCCUGCAUAUCCCUAAAAGUAGCUAGAUACCCUCAGUUGAACAGUCGGUGCAUUUGAAAAGCCAGCAUACUCUAAAGGCAGUUGUUGCAAGAGAGGCUUCAAAUGGAAAAAAAAAAAAAUCAUUAACAAAUUUUAAUAAAAGUCUGAAAUACAGUUUCCUUUCCUGUAUAUUCCUUCCAUUAUUUUUAUUUACUUUGCUUCUUCAAAUAAGUCUCAACAGGAGCAGUCCUAUUGGAAAUACAUGUUACUGCUGGCUUAUGUUCCAUCUCUUACUAGACUCCAACUUAGGCACAUUCAUGCUUAUAAAUCUGUACUCUUGCUUUGAAUAGACAUCCUUAUCUGUGAUUGUCUUAUUCGUUGCUUUAUAUAUAAAGAAAGUAUUUUUCCAAUGAAAAGGACAGCGUUUCUUGGUCUAAAUUCAGUCAUGAGCUGUUGUGUUUUUACACUGAUUUCUUGUGUGAUGGCCCUUAACUAAAUAACACGUGGUAGUAAGAAGAGGAAAUCAUGUUUUUCUGAUACCUUCUUUUGAAAAGAUGAGCUGCUGGUCUUCAGAGAGACAAGUUAUGAGCCACUACAGAAAGGAUCUUAUUUUGAACUUCAGUGCUCCGUAAACUUCAUGGUGUGGUCUGGCUGAUAAAACUCUAUCUAGAAAGGAAUACUGGGCACCAUAAAGAGAUUUUUUUAUAAUCAUACAUCUGAGCCUUUACAAAUAAGAUGCCAUACAGCUGUCCACGUGAAAGCAAUGAAGGAAAGCAAUGAAGCAAUGACAGAUAAAAAACAAACAUAAUACCCUGCUGCACUCUGCCACGUGUUUUCUGCAAAGGUUCAAGCAGCAUUUAAUUUUUCAAAUGAAAGAAUAGCUGUAGCCCUUCUGGACGUGGAUGAUAAUGUCCUACUUGGUUCCUGUUCGCACUUAAUCCUGAAACUGCCUGUUAUUUCUUACAUAUGAAGCGAGGUUUCUGCUGAUUUAAUUCCCUCUUUUUUUUAAUCACCCCAGAAAAUAUUAUUGAAUGUGCUUUAAAAAAAAAAAAAAAAAA